UUACAAAUUAUGGAAUUAAAGGUUGGAAUAAAAUCUGUUUCAAUCUGGAGCACAUAUCAAAACUGUCUGAUGUUUAUCCUUCACGAGAUAACAUUACACCCCUUUCAAGAUCAAAAGCUGCACAAAAAUAGUCAGAGCGCAGGACGGGGAAUCAAAUGAAUAGUCUAGUCCACUCCAUAUUUUGUGAACCACGGACGUUGGUUUGGUGCAUGUUUUGAGAGAAGAAAAAUCCGAGCGUUGCCAAACAUUGGCCGAAAUUACUCGACGAAUUACAGUGCAAUUACGUUAAACCUAAACUAAUUCGACAAUCCAAGUUGAUAUCCUAUCGAUACAGACUAAAAUUUAUAUUGCAAGAGGCGCGAGUAAAAAGGUGGAGAGUGAAAGCUUCGAGAGCGACAUUACAAGUCAGCGACAGCGGUCUCCAUUUUAACUUCGAGUCCGAUAUAUGUCUCACGUGUCUUGGACUGUCUCUCUCACAUGACCCGGGUGUUUGUUCCCGUGAUCAGCACUUCCAUACACGCGUCCGUGUCACUGAAUAUCACAUUUUAUUCUAACCCUGAUGGAUAUGCACCUCGAACAGAGUCUGAACACCGCAACAAGAAUUUGUCCUUGUUUUGUGUCUAGUCACGAAAAACAAGAGGAGGACGAAGUUGUCCAAUUAGAAGGUGACUGUACAGUGGGAGGGGAACAGACUGCGGUUACCAUUGCCAGUGUUCAGCAGGCACAAGCAUUUGCGGACCACAACAUUCAGUACCAGUUCCGCACUGAGGGGGGUCAGGUGACUUACCGUGUCGUCCAGGUAACUGACCAGCAGCUGGAGGGGAGAGACGACGGAGGAGCAGUAAGCGUCGUGUCAACAGCCGCUUUUGCCGGCGCUCCCCAGGCAGUGGCCCAGGCUGUGAUCCAGAACCCUUUCAGUAAUGGGGGAAGCCCCGGGGCGGAGACGGUGGCAGGGGAGACACGCUUCGCCUACUUCCCCGCGUCGGCUGUGAGCGACGGCACCGUGUCCGUUCAGACCACCGCUGACCCCACUCUGACACAGGCCGGGGGUCAGUUCUAUGUGAUGAUGACCCCCCCAGAUGUCCUGCAGGCUGGCACCCAGAGAACUAUAGCCCCACGCACCCACCCCUACCCUGAAGACGAAAACGAGAUGCUGCAACAUGACGGGUCAAACUGGAAAAUGGAUGGGCCCCGGACUCCCAGAGAUGAAAGGAGGAGAGCUCAACACAAUGAAGUUGAGAGGCGGCGGAGAGACAAGAUCAACAACUGGAUCGUCACUCUCUCCAAGAUCAUCCCAGACUGCAACAUAGACAGCACCAAGACCGGGGCGAGUAAAGGGGGGAUCCUGUCUAAGGCGUGUGACUACAUCCGAGAGCUGCGUCAGAAUAACCAGAGGCUCCAAGACAGCGUGAAGGAGGUGGAGAGGGUGCAGGUGGACAACGAGCUCUGCAGGCAGCAGAUCGAGGAGCUGAAGAACGAGAACGCCCUUCUCCGAGCACAGCUCCAGCAGCACGGCAUCGAGAGCGUGGUGGAGACGCCGCCCCAGUAGAGGAAGGUGUUGGGUGGAGAGAACGGCGUGGGAGGAAAGAGGAAGCAGACACACAGGAUCAGAACUCAACCAACCAGAAGGAUGACUGGUUUUCAGUGGCAGACAGUGGCUGUUUUCCUGGUCUUUUUGAGGCUGCGUCCAGAUCCCUUGCCAGCCCCCUACUGCUGCCUUGAUGGCACUUGACUGAUCCAGGACGAGUCAACAUGACAAAGCCACAGUGUAGGAAAUAGAAAUGUGCCUCUGGCAGAGACAAGGGCACAACCACAAGAGUAGAGCGCUUACUUCUUAUCCCAGAUACACCCACCCCCCUUUUAUAUUUAUUUAGUUCAUCACCUGUGGACUGUAACAGUGGACAUUUUGUUAUUGUGUUACAUUGUGGUGUUUUCCAAUUAAUUUCCCUUUUUUCUUUCAUGCUUUUCUUUUUGUCUGUAUCUGUGGUUUUAUAAUAAUAAGUUGGGAUGUUUACUGUUAAUCUUUUUUUUUUGUGUGUACUGCUUAAAAUAUUCCCUAAAUCUCAUUUAUCCUAGACAGAGAAAUAGAUUGGUGUAUAAAAGGGUUGUUGGCUAAAACCGAACACGAUAAACACCUGUAAACCGACUCAGCAUUAUGUGACAGAAUGGCUUGAUUGUUGGCAACGUUUUGGAUGUUUUUAGAAAGUGACUUGGAUAUUUCAAGGAUGCAAUUUUGGUCUACCCAGAGGAGUAGCUGCCAAUAUCCUGGCAUUGAUGGGUAGAGAAAUGGUAAUUAAUAACUCAUUUUCUCUGUAUGCUGGCCUUUUCUACAAUUAUGACCAUUAAAUGCACAUACUCUUUAAGGCUGGUUUCAGACUCUGGCUGGGUGAGAUUUUAGACCAUCUGAUGUGGCCUCAGAUAAGGUAGAGGUUUUAAGUAGUGCACUGAGACUAGGCCCAUGGGGGUGCGGUCAAAAGGAGCCAGUUCUGGAGCCGGGGUACCAUUCGGCAUUGUGUUCACUGCUAGGCUAAAUGUAGGGGCUACAUAAACGUUUGGAUGUCUUUUGCUAAUGUGUGUAUGAUAUGUCUUGAUGUGUACGAAUAACCACAUGUUUCAUUUCUGACUUUUGCUUUUCUUUUUGUAACAAAGACAUCAGAUGGAGCCCAAUUUACCCAGGGAGCAAUACUCUGGGGAGAAUAAUUGAACAGUGAAAAUGUCCUAUCCUUGCACUUCUAAUGUGUGCUCUGUAUAUCCCCUCCUUGCAAACAGGGGUGUGUAUGCAAAGAAAGACUUGGAGAAGAUUUAUUCUGAGACACACACUCUCACUCUGCAGGACAAUAACCAAAUUGAAAUGCUAUGAAUGCGCGGACAGGUGAUGAUAAUGACAAUAACAAUGUGGAUGGGGAUUUCUUUUGCAUCAUGUGUUUUGUUCUGUGGUUUGGUGGACCCAGGAAUAGCUAAAUAAGUGUUGGAGAGCCUUAUCCAAGCAUUUUCGCCAUGUACUGUUGUGUCCGGCUCAGGAAGCAGCAAAGCGGCACCAAUACCCAAACCCUGCGACAGUCCUACGUACGCAAUAACACCACCUUGACAAACUCUCCUCUCGGACCUUGGGCUUUGGAGGCACAGAAUAUAGGUUGUUUCCUCUUUUCGCUUGAUACAAACACAGUAUGCAUAGUGUAGACACGUUGGUUUCUUCUGAAUAUAGUCUAAAUCAACUGGCCUCAUUUAGCAGUAGACACAUUUAGUGGGAAGUCUGCUAAAUCAAGUAUGAAAAGGAAUAAUUGUUCCCAGAUUAAACAUGUGGUUCAUUUGAUGAUUUAUGUUUUGAAAUGGCAAAAACCGUAACUACCAACUUCUUUCCCCUGUAGCAGCCUUGCUAUUCUCAGGUUAGAUUAUAAUACUUUUCUAAGUAAAAUGGCAGAAAAAUAAAUGAUCGUCUUGCUAAUAACCUUGUCAA